CCUCCCUAUCCCCGGUGCCCCCAGAAUGGCAACCAGGAGAACCCCUCCUGCUGUGGCAUCGACGGCAUCCUGGAAGCCUACCACCACAGCCUGCGCACUGUGCAGCUCUACGGCCCCACCAACUUCGCCCCUGUGGUCACCCAUGUGGCCAGGACUGCGGCCGCAGUGCAGGACGGCUCCCAGUACUCGGUGCUGCUCAUCAUCACGGACGGGGUCAUCUCGGACAUGGCGCAGACCAAGGAGGCUAUCGUCAAUGCUGCCAAACUCCCCAUGUCCAUCAUCAUCAUCGGCGUGGGCCAGGCGGAGUUCGACGCCAUGGUGGAGCUGGAUGGUGAUGACGUGCGGAUCUCCUCACGGGGGAAGCUGGCAGAGCGGGACAUUGUCCAGUUUGUGCCCUUCAGGGACUACGUGGACCGCACGGGCAACCACGUGCUGAGCAUGGCACGCCUGGCCCGCGAUGUGCUAGCCGAGAUCCCUGACCAGCUGGUGUCCUACAUGAAGGCACAGGGCAUCCGCCCGCGCCCCCCGCCUGCGGCCCCGGAGCCCUCACCCCCACGGUCCCCAGCCCGCACCCCCCCUGCCUCCCCCCUGCACACACACAUCUGAGCACUCUUCCUGAAGGCCCCUGGCCUGUGGCAGGCGGCUCCCUGGGUGGGGCAGUGGAAGCACAGCUGGGGUCCCCAGCCCCCCUUAAAAUAUGCCAUGCCUAGCCUUUGUGUGUGCCUUUUGUGUGUGCCUGGGAGGCCAGCGGGGGACAGGGCCUCUGAAGACUCCUCUCUCAUUUCCUGGCCUCAGGGCCCAAACCCGGGGAAUUGGAGGGUAGGGGUGGUGGAGAUGAGGUUCCGGGCCCCUGCCCUUUUCAUGUCCCCCUGACACCUGGUUCUAGCCCAGCCAGGAAGGGGUUAAUGGUCAGGAGGAUUGGGGUCCCCUUCAGCCCACCUGGGCAAUCCCAUCUGCUCCUCUGUGGCCCUGAAGCCUGAGCUGGGCGUCUCUCCUCCAGGGCCCUAGGCCCUCCCCUCCUCCUGUGCAGUCUACUCCUACACCUGGACCCUGGCCCUCCUCCCCCCCAGUAUCCCCCCCAUCCCUAUUUCCAGUGAACCCUGUGAGGCUGAUGGGUCUGCAGGGAUGCCCGAACAUGUGGCCCCUCCCAGGACACUUGCAUGCCACGGGUGCCCAGUGGACCCAUGAAGGGGAGGCUGUGUGGGGAGGCCAUAGGCCACAUAAUGGGCUAGGAAUGGGGGCUUUUCAGGCACAGAGUCCUUUCUGGUGCCUCUCAGGCCCAGAAUGACACUGGUUUUAGAUACACAGAUCCACAGGCCUCUCCCUGGUGUGGGCCCACAGGCACCUUACAGUUGACUCCUGGCUCCAGGCAUCCCCUUCUCCUGCGGCCCAGGGCCCUUGGAGCCCAGUCCUCUGCUGCCCCCCUGGAGGCCUUGGAAGGAAUAGUCCAGCCCCAGCACUCCCACACUGCUCCUCUCUCCCACAGGGAUAGGAGAUAGGAGUCCUGAGUUCAAGCCCUGCAUACAGCCCCUGCCUGUGGGAACCCAAGGAAGGCCCUUCUGCCUUCUGGGACUCAGAAGUAGGGCAAGAGGGUUGACCAGAUGGUCCCAGGUUUACCUUCAGCUCUGGUGUCUUGAGAGUCCAUUCAUGCCAUGCCCAGCUUCCCCCAUCCCACUCCUCAGCAGUGUGACCCCUUACUCCAGGCCGUCUUGGCUCUUAAGGUCACCCUGUUCCAUCCUGUCACCUCAAGUCCACCCUAGUCCUUCAGCCUUGGGCUCUGAUGUCUGAGCCCAAGCCCCUGCCUCUGCUGUGGGGAAGGUGAGAAGGGUGAUCUCACCCCCGGGCCCACCGAGCUGCCCAGCCUUUACCCACACGGGGAGCAAGUCGUGCAUGUCAGCCCCUCCCGCAGCAUGGGGCUCCUCAGCCCACUCCACAUCCCAUGUCUGGGUGGACACCAGGCCCCCUCCCUGUCCGCUGCCCCACACCACUUCCCUUCCUGUCAUGCAUGAUGGUGGUGUUUCUACGCUGUCUGGUCCUGUGCCCGUCUCUGAGGCAGUCUCUUUGUGGAAUUUGCCUUAAACUGAAGUAAACUUGGUUCUUUUAGUAAAGUUCCUUGUUUUCCUUU